AUGGCGUUCCUAGACUACCUGGCUUCUCGCCAUGCUGCUGUCCUUUUGUUGGCUACGCCAUUUGCCUUUGUUGUGUACGUUGUAGUAUAUCGACUGUUCUUUCAUCCACUUGCAAAGUAUCCGGGGCCGUUUUUGGCAAAGCUUACCACAUGGUAUUCUGCCUACCACAACUAUCUCAAUGAUGUUCACAUUGAUAUCCUGAGGUGCCACGAAUUGUAUGGAGAUUUCGUGCGGUAUGGACCGGACAGGCUCGUGGUCAACAGUGCAAACGGAUAUCACGACAUCUAUGAUCAUGGCAAAAACAUCGCGAAGUCCAACGCUUACACGGCGCUCGUGCGUCGAGCGAACUCGCCCUCGGUUUUGACGGCCUCGGACAAAAGAGUGCACGGGCGGAAACGACGAGUGAUCAGCCAAGGUUUCAGUGAGGCUGCGAUCCGAGGGUAUGAACCUGUCAUCAAGGACCAUGUCAGUAUUCUAUGCAGGAGAUUGCUGGCAAACGACGGGCAACACCCCGUCCCCCAAGCACCAGGUGCUUGGAGUCUUCCGCUGGAUAUGUCCAAAUUCGCCAAUUACCUUUCUUUCGACAUCAUGACCGACGUGAUAUUCAGUGUUAAACGUCAUCUGAUCGAGAAUCCAGACCAUCGUUGGAUCACCACUUGCAUCGAGAGGAUGAUGCACCGCGUUGGCGUCAUCUCAAUGGUGCCCUGGACAAAAUGGUGGGGUCUGGGACUGCACUGGCUCAUUGUGCGAGACGGCGUCCGCGCAACAUUGCAGUUCCAAGAGGUGGCCAAGGACAUCGCCACAACACGAAUGCAGCAGAAGCAAUCAGAAGGGAAGAAAGACGUCUUCCAAAACUUACUGAACGCGAAAGACGCCGAGACUGGAGAGGACAUGCCACUUCCGGAGCUGAUGGCAGAGGCGUCACUAUUGAUCGUGGCAGGCUCCGACACCACCUCAUCUGGCCUCGCCGGCAUAUUCUUCUACCUGGCCCAGAACCCGACGGUCUACGCCAGACUCGCUCAAGAAAUCCGUACGACGUUUCCCUCCGUGGAAGCCAUUGGCCAAGGUCCCGAGCUCCGUUCCUGCAUCUACCUUCACGCCGUUGUCGACGAGUGCCUUCGCAUGUGUCCGCCGGUCUCUGCGGCUCCGUGGCGGGUCGUCCUCCGGGGCGGUCAACGCAUCGAUGGUCACGAGAUUCCGGAGGGUGUCGAAGUUGGCACGGGUCUAUACUCGCUCAUGCACAACCCCGCAUACUUUGCCGAGCCCUUCAAGUUCAACCCGGACCGCUGGAUCGAGACGGAGAACAAUCCUGCGGCGAACAUCGAAAUUCAGCGGAGAGCUUUCGUGCCGUUCCUGAGCGGCUCCCGAAUGUGCGCGGCCAAGAACCUCGCCAUGGCCGAGCUGUUGAUCGCAACGGCCCAGGUGCUGUAUACGUUGGACUUCAAGCCGGCUGAUGGCGCGGAUGGGAAAAUCGGCCAAGGGGGUGUAGGGAUGGGCGUGGGUAGAGAACGAGAAGAGGAGUUCCAGCUAUAUUCGCAUUUUGUCACCGUGGCUAAGGAUGGUCCUGUGCUGCAGUUCCGCGCAAGGAACACGGAGUGGGAUAGCUAG